AUGACGAAGUGGCUGGUCCCCGACAAGUCGUUGGACAUCACAACUCAGAUGUCACAGGCAUUGACGCCAGAGGCCGCCACCUCGCUGGCUUCUAUGCCUGUGUUGAUUCUUCGAGGGCCGAAGGAUCCCGAAGAGUUCUGGUACAUUCUUCCACCCAUCAAAUACCCUGACGGGCGCUGGUACCUGAAGAUGGGCUAUGAUGGCAACAUGCUCAAUCAAAGGUUGGAGUCCAAAGAAGAGGCACUCAACUGGAUGAAGGCGAAGCAAGCUCGACCAGAGCUGGUCUCCGUCGCUCAGCAGAUGGCAGCAAGAUACUUUCCAGGUGUCACUUUUACUGGCCAUGUGAGCACCAUAGUGUGUAUCACGGAUGAUACGCAUCCAAAUGGCCAAGGGCAGCGCCGACCCUACAUCGACUACCUGGACAAGGGUGUGGCAGUAGCCAGUGGAGGCAAUGGCUGGGCCGCCAAGAGCUCCGAUCACAUCGGCUGGUUAGCCAGCGAAAUGCUAUCGAACUCAUCUGAGUGGGCAACAGACCCGGUCUCCAAAGCAUUAUUCCCAAAGGACCGAUGGUUCGAUCCGUUUCCCUCUUUAUAUAUAUAUACAAUACCAUUUUGUUGGUUUUGGCGUUUGUUCUUAAGAAAAUGGAUUGCCCUGUAUGGGAACUUGCAGUUGCGGGAGGAGCUUCUCCAUGAAUCUCUCAAACGUGACAGGACGAUCGGGCCUGGAGAUUUGCAGGGGCCCUGGAUCGACGUGACCUCAGCGGUGCAAUGCUUGGUGGAGCAACACAGCAUUGUGGUGCACGGGAGCUCGACCUCCUCGAAGGCCGGAAGGUUAGAUGAAGGGGAAGGGGCCGUACAUGUCUGCCAAGACAGAGUUGACACGUACAUAUCAGCAUCUUAA